AUGGGCUAUAACUGUGUGGGCUAUAACUGUGUGGGCUAUAACUGUGUGGGCUAUAACUGUGUGGGCUAUAACUGUGUGGAACAUAACUGUAUGGGCUAUAACUGUGUGGAACAUAACUGUAUGGGCUAUAACUGUGUGGGCUAUAACUGUGUGGGCUAUAACUGUGUGGGCUAUAACUGUGUGGGCUAUAACUGUGUGGAACAUAACUGUGUGGGCUAUAACUGUGUGGAACAUAACUGUGUGGGCUAUAACUGUGUGGAACAUAACUGUGUGGGCUAUAACUGUGUGGGCUAUAACUGUGUGGGCUAUAACUGUGUGGCACAUAACUGUGUGGGCUAUAACUGUGUGAUACAUAACUGUAUAGCACAUAACUGUGUGGGCUAUAACUGUGUGGCACAUAACUGUAUGGGCUAUAACUGUGUGGAACAUAACUGUGUGGGCUAUAACUGUGUGGGCUAUAACUGUGUGGGCUAUAACUGUGUGGCACAUAACUGUGUGGGCUAUAACUGUGUGGCACAUAACUGUGUGGGCUAUAACUGUGUGAUACAUAACUGUAUAGCACAUAACUGUGUGGGCUAUAACUGUGUGAUACAUAACUGUGUGGGCUAUAACUGUGUGACACAUAACUGUGUGGGCUAUAACUGUGUGGCACCUAACUGUGUGGCACAUAACUGUGUGGCCAGUGCAGCCAAAAUAGUAUUACCCUCAAAGCCCUAA